AGUUUGGCCAAAACAGCAACACUGGUCAUUUCUCUGUCUUACUCGUCGCGUGGUCUUGUGGAGUUCAUCACUCUGACCAAUGGCUAAAGGAAACCAUUUGCUGCUCUUUGCAGUCCUCAUGUUCCUGGCAAAGUGUCAGCAAAAACCAAAAGUUAUUAUGUCACCUGCAUUCAAACCGAUCUUCUCUGGGGACUCGUUCUCUCUGAGCUGUGACAACGUUAUGAGCAACAGCAAAGUGAAAUGGUACAUCAACAGCAAAGAGUAUCCAUUUCACACCGACAAAAUCUUGAAGAUUGAAGAUGCUGGCCUCAGCCACUCGGGUUCUUAUCAGUGCGAGAGCAACCAGCAAAAGAGUGACAGCUUCUCUUUUGAAGUUAUGGAUUUCCUUCCCAGUGCCUCACUUUCCAUACACAGAGGACAGCCGAUGAUGUGGAAAGGAAGCACAUUUAAUCUGCAGCUUGAAAGUGACGAGGAUCUGCAGAAAUGGAAGUGUUGGGUCUAUAAAAACCACCAGGUGAAAAUGAUCCUUUUUAAAUCACAGGUUCGCAACCGUGUCAUCAUCCAUCCAAAAGAACUGCAGGACUCAGAGGCUAUUUACUGGUGUAAUGACAUGACUUCAGACCACAGGAGUAACCAACUCAAACUCAGGACAUCAGAAAAGGAUGUACUGCUGGAGAUUCUGCCGUGGCCUGCAAAGGUUGGAAGGAGUCUGACCCUGAAGUGCAGUGUGCGCGGUCUACGUCAAAUUAGCCAUACAUUUUUCUUCAGAGAUGGAAUGAUGAUUGUGGAUAACCAGCAGUCUGUUUACCAAAUUAACACAAUUACAGAAUCAGAAGAGGGGGAAUAUAAAUGCAAAGCAACCUUCAAUGGCGAGUCCAACGGCAUAGACUCUGAUGUUCAAGAACUGUUGGUCCAAGCCUCUCCUCUGAAGGUGGCGCUCUCUGCUGGUAAAAGCCUGUCAUGUUCUUGUUCAGACUGCCAUACAAAUACCACCUAUCACUGGUACUUCAAGAAUUCUGACCAGGAAUGGACUCUUAAUUCAUCUGGACAACAUUACAUGGUGCCAGCAGUCAACGGUCAUUAUGCAUGUUGUGCUGUGUGGCGACACAGAAAGUCUAGACUCAGCAAUGUCUUAGUUUGGGGAGAAUCAAGCCAAUUCCCUAUUCUGAUUGUAAUAAUCAUUGCAGUCAUCAUAUUCCUUGCCGUUGCUGUCGUGGCUGUAGCAUAUUACAUGACGCGAGAUAAAACAGGACCUAUUUAUGCAGAUGUAGAAUUGAAGUCUUUAGAUAAUGAGGAAGAAAGGUACCAGUCACUGCACAACUGUAGAAGGGACCAAGAGUAUGACACCCUUCAUCCCGACGCACCCGGCAGUAACAAUGCAAAAGGCGAUUAUGAAGCUCUGCAGAAAAGCGAAAUGGAAGCGCAGGUUUACCACACCCUGCAUAUGGAAGGCGCAGCAGGAAGCGUGGAGGAGAUAUGACAGAAAGGCCAUACGAAAUGCCAAAGACGGAGAGUCGGCU